AUGGUAGAUGGAUUCUCAAGGUUUCUGAAAUUGAUGUGCGCAGGAUUUUAUCUGAAUGGCAAAGCAAAAAUAAUACAUUAUCUACCAACAUGGUAUGAUAUAAUUGAUGUUACAUCAACUUCAAGCAGUAGAUUUAUCCCAUCAUUACCAAGCUUAUCAAUAGAUGAAAUAAAAUCCUUUGGAUCAUCUCCUCCAUUAAAUAUUAUAACUGAUUUAAGCUUGAAAAGUCAUAUUGUGAAACUUGUUAAGGAAAAAGAUUUUUGUAAAACGAUUGAUGAGACGGACUCCUUUGAACACAACAAUGACCUUGCUGACCUUGAGUUGUCAGAAUUUGGAUAUAGAGAAAAUUUUUUUUCUCCAUUAAUCAGGAGUUUGUUUUGUGGAACACAUGAUGAAGUGAAAAUAUAUUUUGGUGAAAAUGGUUUGUUUGCCUUGUCCGAGGAAUGUAAUUUGGGAAAGAAGGAUGGAGAAAAUAGAGAUCAUGGACAAAAAGUAGACAUAAUCUGGAAAUUGAAUUUGACAAACUUGGAAUUUGCUGUUGGGGAAGUCUCUGGGCCACCAAAUGUACUUGAUAAUACUCAUUUCUUUAAUGACAAAAUCAAGAUUGCAAAAUUGUUAAAAGUGACUAUCAACAGAAUUAUCAGGAAGUAUGGUGGAAGAAGUACAUUUUGGAAUACAAUAAAG